AUGGACAACUACGACGUUGAAGACCCCGCCGCGGCCAUCGUCAAGGACACUGGCAAGGUCGCAUUUCGCUUCUGCCCCGAAUGCUCCAACAUGUUGCAACCUCACGAAGACGCCGCGACCGAGACCUUGGUCUUCGAAUGCUCCACCUGCCACCACAUCGAAAAGUCCCUCACCGCCUGCAUCUACCGCAACUCUCUCAAGGAAGAUAUUGCCGAGACGCCCGGCAAUGUUGACGACGUCCUGGAAGAUCCCACGCUGCCCUGGACUGAUGAGGUCGAAUGUAAGAAAUGCAAGCACCACGGCGCGGUCUUCUUCCAAAGUCAACAGCGCAACGCAGAAACCGGCAUGGCCUUGUUCUACGUCUGCGAAGGCUGCAAGCAUGUUUGGUCAACGCUCGACGACUCGAAGAAGUAG